GAAAGUAGCCCGCCGCCGGCACAGGCGGGAGAGGGGAGAGGAGUGACUUCCGCUCGUCGGAAGUCGCUCCGCCCCCUUCCUUUGCUUUCCUUCUUUGGGAUUGGUUCAUGGCACUCAGGCCUCCGCCUCCUCCGGCUACGCCCCUCGCGGCUGCUUUUCCCGCCUCCGCCAGGGUAGAACCGUGGUCUGGGUGACAGUUGGGGAUGGCUGGAGCUGAGGGGUCUACUGGGCGGCAGUCGGAGCUGGAGCCAGUGGUAUCGUUGGUCGAUGUCCUUGAGGAGGACGAAGAGCUGGAGAAUGAGGCGUGUGCCGUCCUGGGCGGCAGCGACUCCGAGAAGUGCUCCUACUCGCAGGGCUCAGUAAAGAGACAAGCACUAUAUGCCUGUAGUACCUGCACCCCAGAGGGAGAAGAACCAGCAGGAAUUUGUCUAGCUUGCAGUUAUGAAUGUCAUGGAAGUCAUAAACUAUUUGAGCUCUACACAAAAAGAAAUUUUCGUUGCGAUUGUGGAAACAGCAAGUUUAAAAAUUUGGAAUGCAAAUUAUUUCCUGACAAAGCAAAGGUAAAUUCUGGCAAUAAGUACAAUGACAACUUUUUUGGAUUGUAUUGUGUUUGCAAGAGACCCUAUCCUGAUCCUGAAGACGAGGUAAGAGAAUCGGAGUUUAAAACCUGGGAUUGUAUAAAACUAUUUGGUUUUGUGUAUUCACAGCAUCUGGGCGCCAUUCCCCCUGAGAGUGGGGAUUUCCAGGAGAUGGUGUGCCAGGCUUGUAUGAAACGUUGUUCUUUCUUGUGGGCUUAUGCUGCACAAUGGGCAGUAACCAAGAUACCUGCUGAGGAUGAUGCGUUGGUACGGAAUGUUGAUGGAAUAGGUGAUCAGGACGUUACCAAAUCUGAAAAUGGAAAUCAUCAGGAUAGUACCCUCAAAGAGGAUGUGCCAGUACACGGAAAGGAUGCCAUAAAGGAAGUUAAAGCAGAGCAGAAUAAUGAACCAUGUACCAGCUCUAGUUCUGAAUCUGAUCUCCAGACAGUGUUUAAGAAUCAAAGCCUCAACACGGAGUCACAAUCAGGCUGCAAACUUCUGGAGCUUAAGGCUAAGCAGUUCAUAAAGAAAGACACUGCCACCUACUGGCCCCUGAACUGGCGUAGCAAGUUAUGUACCUGCCAAGACUGUAUGAAAAUGUAUGGAGAUCUAGAUGUCCUGUUCCUGACAGAUGAAUAUGACACAGUUCUGGCUUAUGAAAACAAAGGCAAGAUUGACCAGGCAACUGAUAGGAGGGACCCUCUAAUGGAUACCCUUAACAGCAUGAAUAGAGUCCAACAAGUCGAACUUAUUUGUGAAUACAAUGACUUGAAGACUGAACUUAAAGACUAUCUCAAGAGAUUUGCUGAUGAAGGCACGGUUGUUAAGAGAGAGGACAUUCAGCAGUUCUUUGAAGAAUUUCAGUCAAAAAAGAGAAGAAGAGUGGACGGGAUGCAGUAUUACUGCAGCUAGAGUGGAGCGCGGAGCCUCCUCCCUCGGGCCAACGAAAAUGCCACUUCCUAGUCGAGGAAUAAAAGAGGCAUAUUUCGCAUU